CUCCAUUCCUUCUCACCUCACCUCACCCCACCCCACCACUCCCAUCGCCAUUUCAAAUCCUCCCCUGUCUGUGUCUUACUAGGCGCAGAGAUACCACAUAACGCCAUUGUUGCCUCUCAUGAAACCAGUUGCAGCUCCUACAACACAACAGCAUCACCAUAUUUCAUCAUUCCAUCUUCACUUGUACGACUACCGAAGCUAAUUAAUCAAUGGAGGCGCCUCCCUACUACGCGCCACCGCAACAACACCACGGUUCAUCUCGCCCCACCAUAGGUUUUCCACUCGGCACCGCUUUGCUCCUGAUUGUCGUUUUCAGCCUCAGCGGUAUCUUCUCAUGUUGUUACCAUUGGGACAAACUUCGUCACCUCCGCGGUGAUUUCUCCGACGCCGAUCCUGAUUCAGACGACAGUCAACAUCACUCCGCUUCUAAACCUAAACCUCCGUACUCGGAAAAGAAGCAAGAUUGUGAUCGGAGUUUACCGGUGAUAAUGGCUGGAGAUCAGUUCGCGAGGUUCAUAGCAAUGCCGUGCCCAUGUGAACCACCGAGACAGGAAAAGAUCACGGCAGAAGAGAUUCAGAAACCGCCAAAACCACCGCAUACUUUUUACAGGAUUGGGUUCAAGUUCAACAAUGGAAGUUAA